AUGCAUUUUAUAUUUAAGAAAUCAUGGUAUCACUUUAAAAAUUAUUUUCUUACUUAUGUAAAUAAUCAAAAUCUAAAUUAUGAACGUGCAUGUGAUUUAUUACUAGAGCCCUUAUUUAAGAUUGUUGAUAAAUAUACUAAUAUUUUGGGAAAAAUUAUGGUUAUUUUAGUGAUUUUGUUGACAACAUUUGUUGUAGCAAUAGCGUACUGGAUUGGUGUACCAUAUUGGUGGAAUAAUAAUAAACUUUUAACAGUAUUCUUGUUAAUAUUUGGAAAUUGGUUAUUAAUAAAUGUUAUAUUUCAUUAUUAUAUGGGAGUCACUACAUCACCUGGAUUUCCUACUUCAAACAGUUUAAUAUAUAAUGAUGUAGUAAUUUGUAAAAAGUGUGAUUAUCCAAAGCCACCUCGUACACACCAUUGUUCAAUUUGUAAUAAAUGUAUUCUCAAAAUGGACCAUCAUUGUCCUUGGUUAAACAAUUGUGUUGGAUUUUAUAACCAUCGUUACUUUUUUCUCUACAUGGUGUAUAUGACAUUAGGUUCAUUAUUUUUGAUUACAUUUGGUGCUAAUAUAGUUUUCACAGAAGUAUUCUAUAAAGAAGAGGAUCUAGUAGGGCAUCCAGUUAAAAUUAAUACUUCUUUACCAAAAACAGAUUGGGUUUUAACACUUCAAGAUGAAUAUGAAAACCACAAAAUUGAAGUUGACCAUGUAGCAGAAUGGAGAUUUUGGUGUAUUAUAGUUAUAACUUUUAUAACUUGUGGAGUAUUUAUUGCAUUAGCUAUUUUAACUAUGUGGCAUGGUCUAUUAAUAAGUUAUGGUGAAACAAGUAUUGAAGGGCACAUAAAUAAAUUUGAAACAGAAAGAUUGUCAGUACUAAACUUUGAAUAUGUUAAUGUUUAUGAUUAUGGUAUGAAAAUGAAUUGGAUUAUCUUUCUUGGACUUCAUAGUGGAAGAAAUUGGAGACAUAUUGUAUUUCCUUCAACUCAUAAACCAAUAGGAAAUGGAUUCAUAUGGCCAACUAAAAAUGAUAUAUAUGAAGUGUUUUAUUAUCAUAAACAAUUAAAUAUGUAAAGGCCAAACAAUUUGUUCUAUCCAUGGUAAAAAUGCUGAAACUUUAGUGUAUACACCAGGUGAAUUUUCUGUUGCACAAAAUUUUCCAAAU